GUCGAAGCCGGCAGGCGCUGGGAAGCCGGCGCUGGCGCUGCUUUGCCGCUCGGCCGUAAAGCGCGCGGCUCGGCACCCGGCAUGUUAGGGGCUUCAGUGGCUGACCGCUCUUCCCCAGGCAGCUGGUACUGGGGGCCUUGGUUAUACUGGAAGAAAUCCUAGACUUAUUUUGAGAGGCUUCCUCCUCUCUGGGCGUUUAGGAUGGACGUGGCUACCCCCUGUCCCUGCCGGGAGGCGGCCGGGUCCUAGUGCCCCUAAAUUCCCAGGGGUCCCUGCUCGGGACUGUGGGGCGGGCGGAGGCUGCGACCCGAGGUAAGCGACCUCGCUCGGCGAAGCCGCCCUUGGGGCGCUGAUGGCUGGAUGCGUCCUGGGAAAGACUUUAGCCGCCGUGUCUCUUUCUGUGGCCUUGGCCUCUUUGACUGUCAGGGCCUCGGCCUGCCGCAGCAUCCCCGCGUGCAGAAACUCACUUUCAUCUUGUGGGUUCCAUUUUAACUCCAGCAUCAUGUCUACUUCUGAGGGUGCCAAAGAGGAAUCCCACAGCAAGGCCCUCACAUCGCCUUACCCAGGGUCAAAAGUGCAACGCAGCCAGGUUCCUAAUGAGAAAGUAGGCUGGCUUGUUGAAUGGCAAGACUAUAGUCCUGUGGAAUACACCGCAGCCUCUGUCUUGGCUGGACCUAGAUGGGCAGACCCUCAGAUCAGUGAAAGUAACUUUUCUCCCAAGUUUAAUGAAAAGGAUGGCCCUGUUGAGAGAAAGAGCCAGAAUGGCCUGUAUGAGAUUGAAAAUGGAAGACCGAGAAAUCCUGCAGGACGGACAGGACUGGUUGGCCGGGGGCUUUUGGGGCGAUGGGGACCAAAUCAUGCUGCAGAUCCCAUCAUAACCAGGUGGAAAAGGGAUAGAUGUGGAAAUAAAGUCCCCCACCGCAUUUCUGGGAAAAACAUCUUACAGUUUGUUGCCAUAAAAAGGAAAGACUGUGGAGAAUGGGCAAUCCCCGGGGGGAUGGUGGAUCCAGGAGAGAAGAUUAGUGACACGCUGAAAAGAGAAUUUGGUGAGGAAGCUCUCAACUCCUUACAGAAAUCCAGUACUGAAAAGAGAGAAUUAGAGGAGCAGUUGUACAGACUCUUCAGCCAGGAGCAUCUAGUGAUAUACAAGGGAUAUGUUGAUGAUCCUCGAAACACCGAUAAUGCAUGGAUAGAGACAGAAGCUGUGAACUACCACGAUGAAACAGGUGAGGUAAUGGAUAAACUUACCCUAGAAGCUGGAGAUGAUGCUGGAAAAGUGAAAUGGGUGGAUAUCAGUGAUGAACUUAAGCUUUAUGCCAGCCAUUCUCAAUUCAUCAAACUUGUGGCAGAGAAACGAGAUGCACACUGGAGUGAGAAUUCCAAAACUGACUGCCAUGGAUUAUAGUUUGCAAUCUUCAUUUAAGCCAAAAGCCCACUAAGGGGAAUGUCUGAAAAGAAAAGUGUCAAAAGCUAUGGUGCGGGGUGGGGGUAGAGGGGUAGGGAUUAUUUUAUUCAUUUUUAGAACAAUUUGCAUUUAGAAGGUUUUGCAUAAGAAUAUUAGUAAAUAUGGUGAAGUGAAACACACAAUUUGCUGCUUUCCAGUCAAAAGAAAUAUAACCAAUCAUAUUUUGUAUGUAUUCUAUUUAAGCAUGGCUUAAACCCAAUUUAAACACCUGAUGCUCUUUGAAGAAUUACAAUCUGAAUAAAGAUAAAUUUCUGAUCAGACAUAAUUUCUGCUUUCCAGCUAGUUCUUGUUUUGUUUGUUUUGUUUGUUUUUCUCAUUGAUCUUUGAAGUCUGAGGAUGUUCCUGCCUCCUGAAGUUCCUCUGAGAGGAAUGCCAGCAUUGUCUAAUCUGACUUAUCUUUAAAAUAUUUGCUUCAUGUGAUGUUGUUGAAACUGAUUUAAGACAUGGAAACCUUAUAUGUUCUUGACUUUAGAGUCAUCAGUUUUAUGAAGAAAUUCGAAUCCUCUUUUAAUCAAUAAAGAUCAAGAUCAAUGAAUAACAGCUCAUGUCCUUAUUUUUACAAACUCUGAAUUAAAAAAUGUGUCCAAGAAAUUAGUAAUUUAAACUGAUGUAUUUAUUUUGCACUACUUUAACUAUAAAUGUCACAAAUGAAUUAAAAUAGAUGUUCAAAAAGGAAUUGAAAUGAAACAGACAGGGAAAGUCUGGGAUUUUUUGCUAGGAAGGGAAUGGUAGGGAUUGAAAUAGGUUUUUGAGGGAUCUGCUGUUAACAUUAUAAUUCUCGGAGGAUAGGAAAGAGUUGGUGUUCUAGGUGCUCUUGGAAGCAGAGAAGAGAAAAGAAAAUAAUACUGUCUUGCCUCAGUGAACAUGUUUAUCACCUUCUGGCUAAGAUAUCCAUUGAGAAAGUGCCAUGAUAUUAACUCCUGUCAAGCCUGAGGUAAUAAGGGCUGUCAUGAUUCAUCCCAGUUGUACUACAGAUGAAGAAAAGGAGGUUUAGGAGAUAAAGAGGUUGUUUUCUUCAAAUACUUAAAAAAGGUGUUAGGCUCACCUUUUAGCUAGAGGAAUUAGGGUUAAGGUAAAUCAAAAGUUUUUUCUUUUUUUUUUCUGAUUUAUUGUCAAAAUUCCUUUGGUGGUAAACCUGAAUUGAACUGACAGGAGGCUUUUUCCCCUUAGUGUGACUAUAAGUUUUGCUAAGAAAUGUGAGAAUGUUUGAUUUCAGGAUGCUGCCUCAAACCCCUCUGGAAGAGUUACAAAAUUUAUGUAUGGUAUUCAUUUUCUAAAAGCCAUCAAAUCCUAGUCCCUGGGCAUGAAAUAAGGGUCCCGUGCUUGACAAGGAUGAUCGACUUAUCAAGUGAGGGGUAGAAUGACCUUCUCCCAGAAUGAAAGCGUCUGAUUCUACUUCUGCUGUUUGGUAGGAAAAAAUUGCUUUAUCCUGAUAUUGAAUAGAAUUGUCUAAAAUUGAAACGCUUUACAAAAGCUCUUGAGAAAGUUUGAGCAAUUUCCUGAAAAAUGACAUUUACUUAUGUUUAAUAGUUUUGAUACACUUAAAGUGACAUUAGAAAAGAUACUAGGUUACAUUACAGUUUUAUUUAAGGAAUGAGUAAAGAAGAUGGUCUAUAGAUCAUAAAUUCUUCAUGACAUUUUGGAGUUUUCAUUGGAACAUUUACCAAGUAUGCAAAAUGAUAAACUAAAAACUAUAGGUAGGAUAGAAGUAGAUAAUCUUCUGAUAACUUUUUUAAGUAUCAGGCACCAUCUAUAAUGGAGAAAAAAAUUAAAAUUUUAAUUUAAGACAUUUCUGGAGGCAUAUCUGCUUCUGUAUCACUAGUUGGUGUUGCCUUCAUAUCUGCUUUCCUUGUAUUUUAGAUAUAAAGGACAUUUUUGGUUUUUUAGAGAUGUUUAGUAAAAUAAACAACAAUAAAAGAUACUAUUUAUUGACUAUUUACAUUAUAUCACUUAAUCCUCACAACAUUCCUGUGCAGUUAGCUGGUAUUAUUCCCAUUUCACAGGUGAAAAUGAUAUUUAGAAAGGUUGCUCUAAGGUUUCACAGCAAGGGACAGAGCUGGGAUUUGAAUCCUGGUCUGCCUGGUUCCAAAACCUAUUCUCUGUCUACUGUAUUCUCUACUAAUGUUAUGACAUUUUUAUGAUUUACUUUAGGCACUUUGGAAGAUUAUAUAAUGUAAGCAGAACUAAUGUUAUCCUUAGUACAGUUAUGGCUUGUGACCUGAAAUUUAAGGGCAAUCUAAUUUGCCUAGGUUUGUUGAACUGUGUGCAUAAUUUUGUGCCAAAGACAUUUAUUUGGUACAAUCUUAACCUGAGUAUAAAUGGCUACAAUCAGUGUUUGUCUUGCUAGCAGCUGUUUUGAGUUUUGAAAGCAUUUCAAGCUCAAAAAGAAGUAUAUGCUAAAUUUAUAUACCAAGGCUGUAACUAGCUAAAAUCUAAAUAUUUGGUAGUCAAAGAGGGCACUUGAAAAUUCUAGCCACUUUUAGAGGCUAAAUGCUUUCAGUAUAAAGACUUAUCGUAGUUAGUAUUAUUUUCUAAUCUAUUUGUGAAGUUUUAGUAAGCCAAUUUAGGAUACAUCCUUUGAAGUAAUAUUUGUAAUUAAUUUGUUUUUGUUUACACCUGCUUUCAUCAUACUAUUAGUUUACCAAUAUGAAUGCAGUCUAAGGCUAUUAAGCUUAAUAGCCUUAGAUAUUUUUAAAUGUACAAUGGUAUUCUAAAGAUAUUUGGAGAUUUUACUAACUGUAUGUAACUUCUGACAUAGUAGUGAGAAAAUUAUUUCUGCCACAAUAAACAAUACAGGUUAUAUUUAUUAUA